UAGUAAUAAGUUGCAUUUUUGCUGCUUUUUUAUCACCGAUGACCGUUCAGUACUGGAAAUUUAGGGAGUGAAAACAAGAAUAUCUAACAUAAAAAAUGCGUUCAUAUACAAGAAAAUCAAUUGUGUGGAACUAUUUCGAAAUGCGACAGGAUAAACAAAGCGUCAUGUGCAAUAUAUGUAAAAAACAAUACAAAUACUAUGGCAAUACCACCAAUUUGAAAGAGCAUUUGAAAAGACUUCAUCCUGCGGCGCUUGUAAAAAAAGAAGAUCAGUCUGCUAAAAAAAGCACAACACAAGGAUACGCAGAAAAGUGCACUACACCAGCAACUGCUGCAUCUUCCAGUUCCAAUUUAAAUCGGAUAAAGAACAAGCCUGCGGAAACGAGCAUUUGCACAACUAAUGUCAAACGCGCUAGGCAAUCCGUAGAAGACUCCGCGGAAGUCAUACUGAUUACCGAAGAAUACAGACAACUACUCGAUGACUUGGUUGUUAAACUAGUUGUUACAGACUUUCAACCGCUAUCGAUUGUCGAAGACCGGGGAUUUAAAGAGCUUGUCGCCAACCUGAAUCCGAAUUAUAGUUUGCCUUCAAAGAAAACUCUGAGCAAGCAGUUAUUGCCUCAGUGCUACUAUAAAUUAUAUGCUGGAUUUAUGGAAAAGUUACACUCUCAGGACCACAUGUCAAUAACGACUGACUAUUGGACGUCGAAUACUGAAAAAGCCUAUAUUAGCGUAACCGCGCACUUUAUUCAGGACUGGAAGUUAUAUGCGAUAACAUUGGCAAUUCGUGAAGUGUCGGUUUCUAAUAAUAGUGAAGAUACUGGUGCCGUGCUUAAAGACAUUUUGGACGAAGUCGGUGUUUUCGACAAAGUUGUAACCAUUGUGACCAACAACGCUGAAAAUAUGAAACAGGCAGUCCUGAAUGAUCUUAAUAAACACCAUCACCCGUGCGUCGCUCACACUGUUAAUCUUUGUGUGAAUGACGCACUUGAUAGUAUCAAAGGCCUGUCGCCUAUUUUGACCAAGUGUCGACUCUUGGUAGGCCAUUUCAAGCUCUGCACUCUGUCGUAUCGAAAGCUUCACCAAAAACAAGAAGAAAUGGGCUUACAAGCACUAGGGUUAAAACGAGAGGUUCCCACUCUGUGGAACUCCACAUACCUCAUGAUGGAAAGGCUUUUGCGAUUAAAACAGCCACUUUCCAUCGUAUUGGCCGAGUUGACGUUGGAAUCAGCGCCAAAUAAUUUAUCCGGCUCCGAGUGGGCGAUCGUAACAGACUGCGUGGUAGCAUUAAAACCAUUUAUUACCAUAACAGAAGAAUUAGCAUCAGAAAAGUAUGUAACUAUGUCGAAAAUUGUACCUCUGAUCAAAGGUUUACAGUUCACUUUGAGGCUUGUAAGCGUAGACACUUUCGUUGGUGAGCAAUUGAAGGAAUCAUUGUUGGACGCCAUUUCAAAUAGACUGGGAUAUUUGGAGGUAAACAAAAUGGUGGCCAAGGCCACAAUUGUGGAUCCGCGUUUUAAAACUGCCGGAUUUGGCAUCGAUAGCAAUGCUAGAACUGCGCAGGAUUGGUUGACUGAAGAGUUGGCGAUAAUACUUGAAAAUAAAACAGAAGAUGCCCCGGAAGUUAUUGAGCUCACCGAAGACAUGGUUGAAACUAAACCUCAGAUCGUCGAUGAAGGCAAUUUAUGGUUGCAUUUUGAUCAAAAAGUCGCAAAUGCCAGUUCGGUCGAAGAACCCAAUUCUAUGUCUGCUAUAAUGGUAAAGCAGUACUUCGAAACGAAACUUUUGCCCAGGAAAGAUGAUCCCUUGAUGUAUUGGAAAGACCAUGAACGGUUUUUCCCAGAACUGGCAAAUUUGGCUAAAAAAUAUUUGUCAAUACCAGCUACAUCCAUUCCAGCUGAGAGGCUAUUUUCUAAAUCCGGAUAUAUGUUGAAUGAAAGAAGAAGCAGAUUGCCUUCCAAGAAUUUAAAUGAAAUCUUAUUUCUUAAUGCUAACAUGUAGCGUCAACAAUUUCCGCGAUAAUAAGUGAUUAAUGUGUUAGUUAUAACUAUAACAUUUAUUCUAGAAUUUAAAAAUACCAAGUAUCUGGACAAGGGCACGGAGCAGUUACAUCUCGACCGAUCGUGUUAAAGUUAAUAGUUUCCGAGGUACAGGGUGUCAAAGUGUAAAUAAAUUAUGUAAUUGAAUGUAAUAAAAUUUCGUUUUUCAAUUGA